CAGCAGCUUCCAGCUUGGCGUGAGGGAGGUAAGAGAAAGAGAAGUGGUGACUACGGCGCGCAUCGGGAGGCGGAGCGCUUUUACAUUGUCGAGCGAGAAAGGAAAGGAAGAGCGACGAGGGGUCGGGGGGUCGGCCGGAGAGAGAGAGAGGGGUGCGUUGCGUAGUGACCCUGCCUAGUGCCUAGUGCCUAGUGCCUAGUGCCGAGUCCUCCCUUUGGUUCCUUUCUCUCUCUCUUUGUAAUUUUUGUAUACACGACCUAGAUCCUAGAAAACAACUGUAAAUCAAUGUAACUCUCAUUGGUCAGCGUCCCAACACGACAACUUAACCUUACUUUCUCACUUUCUCUUUCCUUGUUUGGAGAUUAAUUAAUAUUAAAUAUCAUUUUUUAUUUGUUAAUUAAUAAAUAUUAGGCAAUUAGGAGGCAUUGCCAAUUUGCCAUUGCUAAUGCUACCUCAUCACACCUCUCUCUCCCUCUCUGAACGUAAUUUUACAUUUAUAUUCUCCAUUCUUUCUUUGUUUGGAUUAACACUUGAUUAAUUAUUUACUGUCCUUUCUCACCCUCCUCCCACCGUUCUCUCUCUCUCUUUCUUUCUAUUUCUCUUUUCCUUCUCUCUUUUCUUCCUCUAAUCUCUUUCUUCUUCCUCCUCCUCUUCCUCUAUAUCUGUUUCUUGCUGAGUUCCUUCCAUUUGUCACUGGAUUUUGGUGCGGUAUUCUUCUUUUGCACAGAGGCUCUAGAAGAGAGAGGAGGGGGGAGGACGUUUCCUCAUCUCUUUCGCGAUUCUUUUUUAUCUUUUUAUUUUUAAAUAUAAAACUACGGACCGACCCACCGAUUGACCGAUCAAGUGAUCGAUCUUUUCUUUGGAUCCUCCUUGGCUUCCGUUUCUCAGGAUUCCCAAUGCCAAGUUGCUGUUUAGCAUGAUCUUGGUUAAGGAGAUGACUGUUGACGUUCUAUUGAGGCUUUCCCUUUGGAAUAGGACAACGAUCAAGUCUCACUUAUUAGCAUUCACUUCAGUUGCUAGGGUCAUCUGAUGUGCUUGCAUGAUUUUAGGAUUGUGAAAGAAAUUCUAUACGUAAUCCAUUGCUAAUUUGAAGCCUUAUUUAAGAGAAAGAACAAAUUGCCCCUAAUGCAAGGGCAAAGGAGUACUGUGGAUUCCUUACCCGAAGCUUUUGAGUUUGACCAUGGAUCUGGUUCAAGUAAUACCAGUAUGGAUCAGCAGCAUUUUUGGAACACUAUGUUAAAUCCAGUAGAAAACCGGUUGCCUGAAUAUAUACUAUCUCCCACUGAAACAAAUACUACAUAUGGCAAUUCUUCUAAUGAUGGUCGAAGUCUGAGUGGCUGGAGUUUGGGUGAAUCUAGUUCAGGUGGUACUCAAAACCUUCGUGAUGAAACUAAGAUGGAAAAUGGGUGGUCAUUGUCUCCAAGUGCCCUUGCUGGAGGUGGGUCUACAUUGGAAGAAAGGCGAUAUGAGACAACUGGUAUUCUUUCUCUCGAAAGUGUUAAUAUAAGCCUGAACAAUAGUCAGGAUGCCGAUGCACCUUUGCUUUUGCAUAAUUCCAGAUCAGAUGAUAUCCCUCAGAAUAUAAACUUAAAUGCUGGAUAUGUAGGAAGCAGUCAUAUUGGUGGUCGAGUCAUUGAAGGUGGCGGGUGUUCUCAUAUGUUUAAAUCAGUUAGAUUAGAAAACGAGCAAACUCCAUCUUCUAGUGGUUCUACUGAUCCCUUUGUAAGUGCUUCUGCAAGUUCUGGGUAUUUGACAGAAGAGAAUGAUGGCAGACCAGGUUGUUCGUUAGACGGUCGACGUUUGUCCUGCAAAAGGAAGGCCCUUGAAAGUGCUUCUGGGCCAUCUUUAAGUGGAAGUUCAAGUUGCUUCCAGCCAGCUGAAAAUAGUGCAUGGCAUGCUGUUCCUACUCGUAAUAAUGCUACUACCAGCUUGACUAUAUCUACAGCUGGGGAGAAUCCUUCUGGUGUUAAUCAUACAGAGCAAUUGAACCCAAGAAUUGGUAUUGGUAUGCGAAUAGGAUCUGACAACCAUCCUGUUUUAAGUGCAGCUGGAAAUGCAGAAAGUUCACAGAGAAGUUUCCGUAUGAGAACCAAUCCUGCACACCAACAAGAUUCUGUACCAUCUAAUCGUUCAUCUACAGGGAGUGCCAUAAGACGCUCACAUGCUUGGUCACCUCAUCAAUCAUCUAGACAUAUUCCAUUUAGUCCUUUGGAGUCAAGGCAAACAACAUCAGCCAAUGCAACUGGACAAGGCCAGUCUAAUGUAAUGCAUAUUCCUGGGUUGCCACGGAGUGUGCACCCCCUCCCUUGGAAUGGGGGUUCCAAUUCAAGGGGUGGAAGUUCAUCAAAUCCGGCCAUUUCUGGGGAUAGAAGUACUGUAUUACGAGAAGAAGCAAAUUCAAGAAGCAUUCCAAGAAACAUUUCAGAGCAUCCUGUGUUUGUACCAGCAACUGAGAUGAGAAACUUGGCUCAAGACCCAACAACCUGGAGUUUGGCCAAUGGGAAUAUGAGCCUUCCUGGGACUGUUGCAUCUUCUUCCCGAAUUGGAUCAAGUUCAAAUUCCCAUCCUUCACCUUCUCCUGCCUGGGUCCACCAUCACAAUCAUCCCUUUCAAUAUCAACAAAGACUAUCAGAACUUGUCCGACGGUCCUUGUUUGCUUCUGCUGGAUCUGAGUCAGGGAGCCAGACUAAUAACUUACCCCCAUUGCGUUCAGGGCCUGGCUCUUCUUCACAAGAGGUAGUGCCUUCUUCUGGAGCUGCUCACCAGGGGAAUCAUCAGCCCCAUCGAAGAUCACCAUUCUGGAUGGAUAGACAAGGUGAUGGUGUUCUUGGCGUUCCCUUUUCAUUGAGGAGUUUGACUGCUGCCAGUGAAGGGAGAAGCAGACUAGUAUCUGAGCAAUUACGCAGUGUCCUGGACCUUGUACGUAGGGGUGAAGGCUUAAGAUUUGAGGAUGUUGUGAUACUAGACCAGUCGGUAUUUUACGGGGUGGCCGACUUGCAUGAUAGGCACAGAGAUAUGCGGCUUGAUGUUGAUAACAUGUCAUAUGAGGAAUUAUUGGCAUUGGAAGAGCGCAUAGGCAAUGUGAGCACUGGAUUGACUGAAGAAGCAAUUUUGAAGUGUCUGAAGCAGCGAAAAUAUUUAGCCAUUAAUAUAGGAGCUCCGUCGGAGGGCGAACCAUGCUGUAUCUGUCAGGAAGAAUAUGUUGGUGGUGAAGAUGUAGGAACGCUGGAUUGUGGUCAUGACUUCCACACAGGUUGCAUUAAACAAUGGCUAAUGCAUAAGAAUUUGUGUCCUAUUUGUAAAACAACAGCCUUGGCUACAUGAGAGAGGGAAAACACCAUUUGAUUCCCUCGUUUAUCGAAUCCAAUGAAAUCCAACACCCUGGGUGGAUAAUAUCUUGUUUUGCUCCUC